AUGCCUACUGACACCAGGCUGAGUGUUCAGCAGUUUUUGACCAAAAACGGCAUGACCACCAAUGCCCCGUCCUUUCUCUUCACCCAGUCUGUACUCAAUGUUUCUCUAAAUAAAAAAGCCCUCGAAUGGAAAUGUUUUGCCAAUGUGAAACUGGUGAAGCAAAAAAUGGCAGAAAUACUAAAAAGCAUCAAAAUGGACAAGUUCAAAACCGUUUGGGGCAGUGGAAAUAAUGUCUCCGCAGAUAUUGCAUCAAAUGGAGAGCGCUUUGAAGGUGUACUGAACAACAUGAGAAAACUGUCUCAAAAUUGUCAUGAGAAGGAUAAAAGAUUCUUCAAUCAAAAGACAGUCAACUAUAUUCGAAUUCAUUAUGUUCUGAAGAGCUAUCCUCACCCUGAACUCAAUUACUACCAAUAUAGACCAGCUGUACCAAUUAAUAGCCAAUAUGUGCCUCACCCAUACUAUGCAAAACGUGUCAGACCACACGCCUAAAUUCCUCAAUGGCAAUUCCUGCCCAUUAUCUACCCACUCACUGGGGUACGUCACCUAUACUUAUAUCCAUGAUUUAUUGUCAUUCCCCCAAAGAAAAUUCAGGAUAAAACAGUCAUUCCUGCCACAAACACCAGUGCUACUAUUGAACCUACAUCUACUCCAACCAUUCAACCAAAAAUUGUAGUAAUUCCAGAAGCUUCUUCAGAAUUCAUCACAAGCACAUCUGAGGCCACCACAGGCACAUUGACUUCACCCACAGUCUAA